AUGCCUCUCUCUUCUUUCUGUUCAUUCACUUGCAAUCUCUGCCUCUUUGUCUUCCUCGUUCCCUUCUCCCUUUGUUUUUAUGUUCCUGGCCAAAGUCCACUUUUAUCCUUCAGUGAUCAAGUCAGAGAAAGACAUCUCUACACAGAGAAUAAAAGACAAGGGCUGUUUCUGGAGAUAGCCCCUGAUGGCUCAGUGCGGGGGACUCCCAUCCAGACUGCAAACAGUCUGCUGGAGUUUAGAUCAGUGAGAGCAGGUGAAACAGUAAUUAAGGGGGUAUCAACAUCCCUCUACCUAUGUGUGGACAGCGCUGGACAUCUGAGGGGACAGCGGAGUUACACAGAGGCAGACUGCACCUUCAGAGAACUGCUGCUGGCAGAUGGAUACACUCUUUUCCUUUCACCGCACCACGGACUUCCUGUUUCCCUUCCAUUAAAGCAGUCAGGUCAGAAACACACCCCACCAUUCUCACAGUUCCUGCCUGUGAAAAAUCAGCUGUUUGCAGGGGUGGGGAGAGAAGAGAGACCGAGGGAAAAUCUUCAACAGAUUAAAGACAAAAUGGAUGUGGAAUCUGACGACCCGUUCGGAAUGGAGCUGGCUCGGAUUGACUCUGUGCUCAGCCCAGGAUUCCUCAGUAGGUAA